AUGGCUUCUACAGACGCACCCCCACCUUACUCAAUAUACAACAGCACUCCAACUCAUAAGACUGAGGCUUCAUCUUUUGAGUGUAUUGGCUCAGGAGGAGGCAACCUAGAAUCACAAAGAUGGGUUGUGCAGCCCGAGGACUCUAGUGGAGGAGAAGAAAAUGAACCUUUGUGGAGACCAAGUUUUGUGGACUGGUUAAAUAUCCUCAUGCUAUUGUUGCUCUCCAUGAUGAUUACUAUAGAUGGCACAAUCUUGGUGUCCAUAUUACCGUCCUUGACAGCGUCACUCAAGAUGAGCGCAGCGGAUGCAUUUUGGUGUGGGACGGGAUAUCUACUUCCAUGCGCUAUUAUGCAACCUUACUUCACUGCACUGUCCGGCUUCGUACAGCGGCGGUACCAAAUGCUUCUGGCAUUAGGGCUGUUCACUGUUGGGACUAUAAUAUGCUGUCUCUCGAACAAUUUCGCGCAAAUAAUUGCCGGUCGUGUGAUCCAAGGAAUCGGUGCAGGAGGUAUAAUGUCGGGAACGUUUAUAUUACUAGCAGACCUGAUACCGCUCAAAGAGCGGCCUAUGUAUUGUGGUCUUCUUAUUCUCUUUGGUGCAGUUGGAGCAGUGAUAGGGCCCUUUCUUGGGGGUUUAUUUAUCGACCAUCUGAACUGGCGGUGGGCGUUCUAUAUCAACUUCCCAUUUCUUUUUGUCAUUUUCGGACAGCUAAUUUUCUUACCUCUGCCCCCAAAGCAAACAUGGGAUUCUACCCAUCGGCUUAAGUCUAUCGAUUGGGGUGGUGGCAUACUAUUUCUCGCAAGCGCAGGAAGCUUCCUUAUCGGUAUAAGCUGGGGUGGCGUUCAAUAUCCAUGGAACAGCUGGAAAACUUAUGUUCCAAUUGUUCUGGGUGGUCUGGGGCUUAUAGCGAAUCUGUUCUGGGAACGAUAUAUGACCUCUAACCCGAUUCUCCAUAUCCACCUGUUCAGAAGCAUCCGGUCAAUUGCGGCCUAUAUGUUAGUCUUUCUCUAUGGGUUUCUGAGCUUGGGCGAGCUAUAUUGCAUCCCAAUCUACUUUCAAUCGGCCAAGCUCCGCAGUGCGACCAGCGCCAGUAUAACCUUAAUUCCUAUUACAGCUGCAAUUCUUCCAGCAGCAGCUGUUACAGGGAUUUUAAUCACAAGGUUUGGCUAUAUUCACUGGCCACUGUGGCUGUCUUGGAUAAUCACAGCUAUAGCGACCGGGUGCCUUAUCUCAUGGGAUACAAGUACAACUACAGUGCAAUGGGUUUUCAACCUUAUAGCUGUUGGUGUCGGCCAGGGGAUCACUUUGUCUUCGCUGAAUUCAUGUGUGCAAGUACUGGCAGACCCAAAAGACACAAGCCAUGCCUUCGCGAUGUACGCCUUUAUCCGUACUGUGGGAAUGUGCGUUGGAGUGCCAGUGGGCGGUACGAUAUUCAGCAAUAGGUUGAAAUAUCAUGCUCACAACCUGGGACUCCCUGAUGCGAUAGGACGGAAUGUGGAGGGAGGUAUUGAAGUAUUCAAAAAUAUGACGGCUACUGCAGAGCAGGUGGAGGCUUUCAAACUUGCAUAUGCUAGGGCAUUCCGCAACGUGGCCGAAGUUCUGACAGGACUUGCUGUACUGGGUCUCAUUAUUUCCAUGUUUGUGCGACGUGUCAGGCUGUAA